AACAUCACGGAGGACAAUGGAGAUGAUGAGGAGUCUUUGCUGAUCAGUGGGCGCACACCCAGCCCCAUGUGGUAUCCUGACACUUACUUCCAACUAGUGCACUCUCUCCUCUACAGCGAGGAGGAACAAUCGGUCCAGUUCCUCCCAAACGGCUUCGUCGAGCUCAUCCAGAAGGUGCGUCUCGUCACUCCAUGCACUCCAAACGUCCAUCUCUUCCCAUUCGACGUCGUCCAGUGCAGUCUGCAGAUGUCCAGUUUUGGCAAUCCAAUCCAGAAUGUGAACUACUCCUGGGACUCCGAGAGAACCCCUGGAGGCGUGUUCGUCGACCCCAAGAACAAUGACGCCGACCACCUCGGCUUUGACAUCCUACCGACUGGACAUGUGGCGUUCAACUGCGAAUACGGGCCAGACACUUUCUCCUGCUUCACUGCCACCAUCUCUCUCAAACGGUACUAUUCGGCAUACGUGUUGCAGAUCUACGUGCCCGCAUUCCUACUAGUAAUCCUCAGCUGGCUCACUUUCUGGGUGAACAUCCAAGCCACACCUGCCAGAGCCAGUCUGAGUGUCACUACAGUUCUAUCCAUGCUCACUCUCACCUCACGCAGCUCCGCCGAGAACCAGAAGCACGUGAGUGGAAAGGUGACGGCAUUGGAUGUCUACAUCUACGUCUGCUUCAUUUUCGUCAUCCUCGCAAUGCUAGAGUUCUCGCUGAGUGACUUUGCGGCCUCACAUGCUGCUAAAAGGAACAAGCAAACCCACCACACCCUGCUGGUCAACAAUUCCAGCAAUCACCAGCACAAGACCACACCCAGAACCAGCAGCACUCACUGGAUCCGCUCACUCGUCACAGACGGGGAAAACGUGAACAAAGUGGCGCGCGUGGUUCUUCCAAUCGCUUUCUCGGUGUUCAACGCCAUUUACUGGGCUGUUUUGACUGUAGGCGUAGCGAGACAAACCCACCAUGAAAUAACUCAUAUUGUAGCAUAGCUAACCGAGCAUUUCUCAUAAGCAUCCCAUGCCGAAGUUUCUCAGAUUAAAAAAUUAUCCUA